UCCAUUUUUCUCCUUCAAUUUUUCAUUUUUUUUUCUUUCGAUUCAAUCGAUUUGCCUUUUUUUUUUCUUCUUCUUCAGAUUCCUCGAGAAAUUUUGAUAGGGGUAUAUAUUUAGAACCAGAGAUGUUAGAGCAGUUACUGAUAUUCACUAGAGGGGGCUUGAUCCUCUGGACGUGUAAGGAGCUUGGAAAUGCUCUUAGAGGUUCUCCAAUUGACACAUUGAUUCGUUCAUGUCUUUUGGAGGAACGUUCAGGUGCCGCUUCAUUUAACUAUGAUGUACCAGGAGCUGCAUACACUCUUAAAUGGACGUUUCACAAUGAUCUGGGGCUCGUGUUUGUUGCUGUGUAUCAGAAAAUUCUUCAUCUUUUGUAUGUGGAUGAAUUGCUUUCUAUGGUUAAGCAGGAAUUCUCAGAGAUUUAUGACCCAAAAAGAACUGUCUACAAUGAAUUUGACAAUGUAUUUCAGCAGCUUAGGAAGGAGGCUGAGGCACGUGCUGAGGAAAUGAAGAAAUCGAAGCAGGUGAGCAAGCCUGUAAACCAUAAUCUUGGUAAGAAGCAAGGACAAGUGCAGAAGGGCAUUAUGGAUGGAGGCAAUCAAAAAAAGAGUGGUGCUGAAUCAGGAAAUGACAGUGGAGAUGGUGAUAAAGUAAAUAGUCGUGCCAUGGAAAAUGGCAAUGGGCGUUCUAAAGGUAGUAAGGGAAAUGGAGUAGUGCAGGCUAACGGUAAAGAGAAUAGAAGCUCUGAUUCUGGGGCUUUUGAUGUAAAUAAGCUACAGAAGCUUAGGGCUAAAGGUGGAAAGAAAACCGAUACCAUUGUAAAGGAUUCCAAGGCAGAGCCUACAAAAAAGGCAAAGAAGAACAGAGUCUGGGAUGAUUCACCUAAGGAGUCGAAAUUGGAUUUCACGGAUCCUAUGUGUGAGAAUGCAAAUGGAAAUACAGCAGUUGUGGAAGCAGUUCAAGGUGAGAGUAUGAUGGACAAAGAGGAGAUUGUGAGUAGUGAUAGUGAGACUGAGGAGGAUGAGGAGCCAGGGAAAGACAGCAAGGUCGAGGCAAAGAAGAAAGGUUGGUUCUCAUCCAUGUUCCAGAGUAUCGCAGGAAAGGCAAAUUUGGACAAAGCUGCCUUAGAGCCAGCUUUAAAAGCUCUUAAGGACAGGCUGAUGACCAAGAAUGUGGCCGAAGAAAUUGCUGAAAAGCUUUGUGAAUCAGUGGCAGCAAGUUUGGAGGGUAAAAAGCUUGGCUCAUUUACAAGAAUUUCUUCAACAGUUCAGGCAGCAAUGGAGGAGGCCCUUGUUCGGAUCUUAACUCCUAAACGUUCCAUUGAUAUCUUGAGGGAUGUUCAUGCCGCAAAGGAACAGGGGAAACCAUAUGUUGUGGUUUUCGUAGGAGUAAAUGGGGUUGGAAAGUCAACCAAUCUUGCUAAGGUUGCUUAUUGGCUUCAGCAGCACAAGGUCAAUGUUAUGAUGGCUGCGUGCGACACAUUUCGAUCCGGAGCUGUAGAGCAGCUCCGUACUCAUGCUCGGAGACUUCAGGUCCCCAUAUUUGAGAAGGGCUAUGAGAAGGAUCCUGCUAUUGUUGCCAAGGAAGCAAUCCAGGAGGCUAAUCGAAAUGGUUCAGAUGUCGUUCUUGUUGAUACAGCUGGUCGAAUGCAGGAUAAUGAACCACUGAUGCGAGCACUUUCGAAGCUUAUAUAUGUGAACAGUCCAGAUCUGAUCCUUUUUGUUGGUGAGGCACUUGUCGGAAAUGAUGCUGUUGAUCAGUUAUCAAAGUUCAACCAGAAACUAGGUGACCUUUCACCCUCACCAAAUCCAAGAUUGAUUGAUGGAAUUCUCCUUACCAAGUUUGACACCAUUGAUGAUAAGGUGGGAGCAGCGUUGUCCAUGGUUUACAUAUCCGGAGCCCCGGUCAUGUUUGUGGGAUGUGGUCAGUCCUACACAGACUUGAAGAAGCUGAAUGUCAAGUCCAUAGUGAAGACACUCCUCAAAUGAGAACACACAAUCUGUCUCUACAUUUUAGCUUGGCUUUUAAUGUCUGUUUAAGAAGUGUUGAACACUUUGUAUGUUGCUGCUUCAGUUCUGUUUGUAACUUUGUAUUCUCUCAUCUGUGAUUUCUCACUAUUUUGAUUUUGAAGGUGAAUCAUUUGACUUAA